AUGGAGGUUGGGGAGGCUGAGCGUGGGAAUGUGAGAAGAAGAGACACUCAGGAACAUGACAUAAAAUCAGAAUAUACGCCUUUCUAUACGGAGACAUUGUCUCAUACUUAUACUGUAACUGAGGAUUUAGUUAACCCACUUAUACUUGGAAUCAUUGCUCAGGAUGUGGAUUUAAGUAGUCAACUUUCGGACUCGGAUGAUUAUGCUAACCUCCGUUACAGUUUUCUCUCUCAGGAUCAUCCCCACACAUUUCGGUUUUCUAUAGAUGAAAUCACAAGUGCUAUCUCGACUAAUGACAGACUAGACAGAGAUGUGAUUUGUGAAUUUACCCCGGAAUCUUGUGAGUUGUCGUUGGAAGUAGCUGCCCAAUCUACCAUUGGCGUAUUCUUCAAAAAGAUACAAGUUACUGUGGUGAUUAAGGAUCAGAAUGACCAUGCUCCAAGUUUCGACCACGCCGGUAUGUUUUACCUGUCUAUAUCUGAAUCGUCUCAGAUUGGUCGCGAGUUUACUUUAGAUAGUGCCAAGGACAAGGACAGUAAGCGUUACUCUGUGACAAAUUACAGUGUUGUACCCUCAACUUCCCCGUUCACCACUAAAUUUACAAUUGACCUCGUUGGCAGCACCGAUGUGAAGCUCAAGGUCACACGAGAAUUAGACCGUGAAACAAAUGACCACUACCAACUUCAAGUCAUAGCAGAAGAUGGAGGCUCGCCACCAAAAACUGGAGUUCUCAAUAUUAAUGUUACCAUUGAGGAUGAAAACGAUAACCCUCCGACCUUUACCUUACAGUCGUAUAAUGUCAGUGUGAAAGAAGAUAUUGCAAUAGGAACCGUCAUCUUAGAGAUGAAGGCUGUAGAUCCAGACGUGGGAAAAAAUGGUGAAGUUAUCUACAAGAUCAGCACCAAUCAACGACCGGAAAUCCAGGCUCUUUUCACCAUGGACCUGACAAGUGGGAAACUUGCAGUUGCUCAAACUCUCAUGCCUGCGGAGACAUACAAAUUAAUCGUGGAGGCUUACGAUAAGGGAGACCAGCCUUCAAAGGCACAAGUGUAUGUGUUUAUACAUGUGGAAGACUCCGGCAAUAACCCACCAGAAAUUAAGAUUAAUUUGCUAUAUGGUGGGGAUCAAAAUGUCGCCAAAAUUUCUGAGUACGCCAACAUGGGGUCACCCGUUGCUCAUGUUGCUGUGACUGAUCCAGACACAGGCAGGAAUGGGAUUGUCACAUGCUCAAUCUCAAAUUCCGAGGAUUACUUUCAGCUUCAAAGGUUAGAGGUCAAUGAAUAUAAGGUCAUUGUCCACAAGCCUCUAGAUCGGGAAAAUAAAGCGCAACAUGAUAUCUCGGUGUUUUGUGAAGAUGUAGGUACUCCACCCUUAAACAACACAAAAACAUUCUCUGCCGUUGUAUUAGAUGAAAACGACAAGUACCCACAAUUCUCGAAACCUGUGUAUACUGUAACCUUUCCAGAGAACCGCAACAAUGGAGAGGUCAUCAUACAGGUCACAGCUAAUGACCUUGAUGAAGGUGACAAUGCAAGAUUGUCAUAUACUUUAGAUGGUGAUUCCAAAGGAUAUUUUAGUAUUGACAAUACUGGACGGAUAUUCUCAAACAUAGCUUUCGACAGGGAAACAACCCCUUUGUUCAAGUUUCAAGUCAUCGCUUCAGAUCAUGGCGAUCCACCAUUGUCAUCAACGGCAACAAUUGAGUUGAACAUCAGUGAUGAAAAUGAUAACUCACCAGAAUUUACAGAAACUACAUAUACUACCCUCAUCCAGGAGAAUAUGCAAAUCGACACUUACGUGAUGCAAGUGUAUGCAUCUGACCGCGAUGCUGACUCAAAUGGCUAUGUGACAUUCAGUCUGGCUCAAAACUCCAAUGUGCCUUUUCUUGUGUUGCCUGAUGGUUCAAUCCACACCACACAAUCCCUUGACCGUGAGGUGGUCAACAAAUACGUUUUCAAUGUCCUGGCAACUGAUCAUGGUAUACCGGCCAGGGAAAGUUCGGUCCAGGUAACUGUGACUGUUGGUGACCGUAACGAUAACACACCAGUCAUCAUUUACCCCAACAUUUCUAACGACACGGUUCAUAUUCCUUACACAUCACGUGAAAAUACCAUUAUUGCUGUCAUACAGGCUCAUGACCUUGACCUUGGCCUGAACCAGAAAUUACUGUUUUUGGUGAAGGAGAGAAAUGAUUCGGAUCUCUUCAAUGUGCUGAGUAUCACUGGAGAAGUGAUUGUAGCCAGACAAAUGCAAGAGUCACACCGAGGCAGAUACUUUCUUCAAAUCGUUGUGAUGGACCAAGGUACCCCAUAUUUGUCAUCUGUUACCAAACUGACCAUUGUGGUAACAGACAAAAAUGUUACGGCAACCACAAUGCCACCUUCAGAUGGAGUCAACAAGUACAAUGUGGCCAUCGUGGUUACCGUUGUUGUGGUAACGCUUGUACUAUCUGCUACUAUUCUUGUGACCAUUUUCAUCAUUCGACGCUUGGAUCGAAAGAAAUUUUCCGAAGGCUUAGUAUUAGAUGGAACUAAACCACAGGCAGAAAAAAAUUUGGUAAAAUCAUCCAACCUUACUGGAAAAGCAACCCCAAAUCUGUACAGUCCUCAAGGAGAACGAGUUGGAGUAGGGAUGUAUAGCUAUGCGACAGAGCCUGCCCUUGACAGAAUGAGUCUUUCCAGCAAUAACACAUUACAGGCAUCACAUGUUUCAUACGACCACACAGACUCUGGCAGUAAGGAGGGCACACUACAGCGUUGUGAAACGCCUCAAAAUGACGUCCACCAGUCCGACCUCCACCGCCUUGCUUCGAUACGACUUCACCAGGCUCUUGUACAGUCACAUGACAAAGCCUAUGCCAAUCAACAUGUAGAGCUCCCUUAUAACAGAGAGACAAAGAAAUCUACAGACGAUAACAGUGACACAUCGGGGGACACCAUACCCAGUGACAGUGGACGGGGUGCUAGUGACCAGGAGGAGGUACAGAGCAUCACACAGUCACAUACCUCAGAACAUUUAAGACGUCAGCCUCCACCAAUUAGUCGGAAUUUCAGAAACACAGAAAAAUUCCAAAGAAAUAUUCCUCAGACAAAUCAUUACAUGGACAUGUCUGGAAGGAAAGUCAAUAAUGGAAUUAACUCCGGAAUUAUUCCACAACGAUUCCACGAGGAACUCAAACAUCAGCUUCAGCCAUGUUAUUCCUUCCCUCGUCAACAAAAACUUUCCUACAGUAGUGUAGGCUCAGAUGUUCCAACAUACGGACACUUUCAACGAGGGUUGAGCGUGGAUGAAACUGUUGACAGUAUUGCGACGGGUUAUGACGAUGAUGAUACAACGACAUCAGGGAGUUAUACAAUUGACAAUGAUGAUUUUCCGAUGGAACUCCAUUUUGAAAAAGUGCAUGAUGUGUUUGUGUGAUAAUUAUUUCUGUAUUGCGAUGAUUCGAAAUGUGUUCUGUUUGGAAUAGGUUACUCUAGUCAUGUGCCAAAUUUGAAAUAAUUUUACUUUGUAUGUGUUGAUACACAAUGCUGAUACAGUUGUGGCCAUUGUGAGUUGGAACAGUUAAUUCUAUAAAAAAUGAACUUUAACAACUUUUCAAAUUUAUGCAACUCCAUUGUUGAUACAGGGUUUGUGAAAAGAAAAUUGAACAAAACAAUACUGAGAUUCAAGAUACUAAAAGGGAUUUUCAACUACAUGU